UUGCGUUUUGCCCAGUGUGAAAUUCUUCAGUAUGUGUUCAACCCCUUCCGACUCCCUACUCACAGUCGCAACCAUUGUUUCUCGUCACGAUGCACGAUCUCUCCAUUGAUGACAAUGCGCUUGGUACACCGAACCUCCUUUCUAGUCGAUAUAGCUCCUGUCCCCUCCCAGAUGUGCGUUAACCAAAAUCAGGCGCUUUGCAACCUUAUCAAUACUUGCCUUUCAUGGGUCCAGAAGACUUUCGCCUCAUGGAACUUCAGCCUGGAGAUGAGACUGAACCGCUUGUUUGCCGCCUCAUGCGGGUUGACAUACGCAACCCGCCCCCAUACGAGGCACUUUCAUAUACAUGGGGCCGAUCAAGAGACGUUUUUACCCUUUACCAAGAACCUGAGAUUCCUGAUACUUCUGGUACUUUGAGAACAGUUUCCAAGAUCACUAGAGGACUUUAUGAGGCUCUUCUGCAGCUCCGUCAAAGGGCCAAGCCAAGGAUCUUGUGGGUUGAUGCGGUCUGUAUCGACCAGGAAAGCUUGAAGGAACGUGGAGAGCAGGUCAAGAUCAUGAGGCAGAUCUAUGCCAAUGCAGCACGUGUUGUAGUUUGGCUCGGUCUGGCAGACGAUGAAACUCCUGUAGCUGUACAAGAAAUCGCCAGGCUGAAGAGUUAUAUUGCCUCUCGAGGUUUAUCACUCGAAAUUCUUAAAGCGAUGACUGACGAGGGUCCUGACCACAAGAUGCUGGAUCUAAACGAGCAUGUCCUUGACGAGAAAACUACCGCUAUUCUCGGGCGCGUCUAUUGUCGCCCAUGGUUUCGACGCAUAUGGGUAGUUCAAGAAGUCACAGCCGGCGGGUCAUCCAGCGAGGUUCACAUAGGACCUUACGUUAUUCCUUGGGACGAUUUAGGUAUGGUGGCUCUGGGGCUUCAAGUCAUGCUUUGGAAUUCGCCUGUACCCAUCGAAGGGCCCGGAUCAAGAAAUGCGCUUGUCAUGUGGCAGGGUCGGCUGUUCGCAAGGAAGACGCCACCGACAUUAUUGGAUGAAGCGCGAAGUUACCUCGCUACAGAUUCUCGAGACAAGGUAUACGCGCUGUACGGCUUUCCAGCAUUCCAGGAGCUGUUCCAGAGAUUUGGAUUCAAACCGGAUUAUACAAUUAAGGAGCGUGACCUAUAUGAACGGGUGACCCGGCUGACAAUCGAAAGCUCGCAGACGCUCGAGAUCCUACACUAUGUCGAUAACCCAGAACUGCCUGCGGAAGAAUCAGAAUGGCCAUCCUGGGUGCCAAGAUGGACUCAGCCAACCCUCUAUUGGAGUUUUCCCCUGCAAGAUUAUACCAUCUAUAGCAAAAAGACUCACGGAAUGCUUUCUGUCUUGGAAGGACCACAAGGAAAUCUGCUUCGAUUGAAGGGCGCCACUGUAGGACGCAUAACUGAAGUUGCACAAUGCAUCGAUUGGACGCCGGCUGACAAGGAACCAACGAUACAGAACACCGAAGCUCUAACGCAGUUCUGGGAUGCGACUUCAAUGCACCCGGGUUCACCGUCUGACUCCAAGGAGGACAAAUUCGUUGGCCUAGCACAAGCACUAACAGCGGGCCUUGACUCCGACUGCAACUCUGCUGCCAAAAGCUCCGUCCGUCAUACAGCGGAUGCUAUCGAGUUUGUACUCCACAGCUUCAACACAGCUUCGGUUUCCAGUCAAGUCCAACUCUCCGCCCUAUUCAUCCACCUUCUUGCCCUUCGGGACGCCUUUCCCCAUGGAGAUCGCCUUCGGUACCAAGAGAGCGUAGUCUGGAUCUGUGCAAAUCGCCGCCUAUUCCAAACUGACAGAGGACUUUUCGGGCUUGGUCCGUUUCCUGUACAGCCUGGUGAUAUUGCAGUCAUCCUGUACGGCGGCUAUACGCCUUUCGUGCUGAGGCCAAGAGGUAAUUACUAUCAGUUAUUAGGUGAGUGCUAUUUGCAUAAAAUGAUGGGAGAAGACGCUCUGCAGUUGCGCAAGCGUGGUACUGGUGAAGAUAUGUCAGAAGAGACAAUCUUUGAACUGAGGUAGAGCAAACUAGUAGGAAUAUGGCUGGUGUAAAACAGUGGUCUUGCGUUUAUCAUAAAUGAUACCUUAAGACAAGAGGACAAGGCCAUCCAUG